AUAGGAUCGUUACGUGUGAUGGUAUAUGACUCCAAGCUGCAAUAUAACAUUGGAAGUCUGGAAAUCAAAGAUGACACAUCGUCGUCGCAUGAAACCAAUAUUUGUUUAAAUGACACUGUUUACAGCCAUGAAAAAUACGUUGCCAUCAUCUCAGGUACACCUUUUUUUCGCUACGCAGUCUCAAUCCAGUUCGCAAGCCACCAUCUAAGCCUGAAUAAAARUUUUUUUUUCGUCGGACCAAGACUUUUCUUUUUCUCUACAUUAAAAGCCAAUCCAGACGCACAACUCGACGUGACAGUGAAAUCAAAGGAAGAUAGUCAGGCCGURCUAAGGGUUUCCACUUUUUUUGACCAAGUAGAGAAACUUGGAGUCAUUAACAAAGAAAAACCAGCAAUAUCAUUUUUUUUUUCCAAGCARGGRAGAAUAACAAUUUCCAAAGUAUCUCAGCCACGCCUCARUGUUUUUUUUCCUCUGUUUAUUGGCGUACUUGGACUAMAWGAURAUUUUAUUAACAAGAGUUUUUUUUUUGAAAUCACGAACUCUUUCGACUACAAYUACACUGCACCUCUUUGCUUCAUAGUUUUUUUUCCAUUGGCUGGUGGAAUACUAGUAGCCCUGUKGGCCCUUUACUGCUUUAGAGAUUUUUUUGACCUAGGGCGUGGYACAUYGGAGUCCACUUCUCUGGAUACAUCGGCUGGUUCGUCGACUAUAAGUAAAGCAAGUUCUAUCGCAUGUUGGUCAGGACGCRAACCAAAUGAACUUUUUUUUCUUAUAAGACAGCCUCAUAUAUCACUAUCAUGUACUACCAAGGAGAUAUUAUGUUUUUUUUUGAAGGUCGUCAAAUAUCACUGGACUGGACACGGGUCAAGAGAUUUCUCAUAUUUUUUUUGUGUWGUCGGUUUUGUACUYUUUGUUGGCGCUUUUCAAUACGUCUACGAAAGUUUUUUUAUCAUGGUGGARGAAGGCGAUAGAGAUAGGUGCUUUUACGAYGAUCUKUGCUAUUUUUUUAGUCCUUACAGUGACAUCCCUUUUAAUUUGAUGAUCAGUAACAUGGCCUAUAUUUUUUUUGGAGUAAUUCUUGCKAUAGCAGUUUGGGUAAUGGAGGCUGAGCUUUAUGUCCAUUUUUUUAAGAAGGCAUGCCUUGAUCGUGGAAGAAACGACGAUCCCCGUGAAACGAGUGCUUUUUUUGAGGCACUGCCGAARCAUGUACUAGAGUGCACUAGCAUUGGUCAUCACCUUCCGGAGCUCAAGGUGCCACCAUUUAACUCUGAACAUCGCUUGAUUGAACUKUAUGCUAAAGCUUUUUUUAGAAAGUACAGUUUCGCWGUCGGUUAUGCCUUCGCUUGGGCCCUCAUUUUUGAAGGAUUGUUUUCACUUACAUAUCAUCUUUGUCCCUCUCGAUUGAGCUUUCAGUUUGACACUUUUUUUAUGUUUGUUAUUGCUGGACUAAUCGUCGUGUCGCUUUUUAAUGGCCUGGCUGUUUUUUUUUGUGAUGAACAUGAUCUACCCAAACCUAUAAAAGACACUACCUUUUACUUGUUUAUAAUCGUACCUCUUUACAUCUUGAACUAUCUUGGAUCUGUAUUCAUCACUAAAGACCGUUUUUUUAGAGCUGUGAACGCUAUUUUCCUGGUUUUAAUAGUUUGCUGGUAUUUAGGAAUGUUUAGCUUGUCAGGAUUCAAGCUCUUUUACUUUAAUAUCAGACAUGGAUUUCACAAUUGUGCAAGUAAGGUUAAACUUUUGUUGUUUUGCCUCACCGUGAUCAUCACCUGCAUUGUUUUUUUUUUUCURUUCAGCAMCGACUUCUCAAACCUGUUCCUUUUUUCAUGCAUUGCCGUGGCUUUUUUUAGUACCAUUGGMAAGAUUAUCCUCAACUCGUUCAAAACCCCACCRGUAUGCUAUUUUUUUUGUAAGAAAGCUCUCUUCAAAGCMGUACAGAUGGCAUAUGUUUUAGCAGCGUUUUUUUUUAUGAUYAUYGCUGUGUACAUCUUCGAUGGAAUACCAACAUCAGAUAAAACUGAUUUUUUUCAAAACUCACGCAACCUCAAYAAAGAGUGCGCGUUUUUGAAGUUCUACGACUACCACGAUAUUUGGCAUAUAAUGUCAUCCUUUGCCCUACUUAUGGGAGCUUUUCUUGUUAUUUUUUUUAGUGAAUAACUUAUGUAUGAACUUGACAGGACCUUAUUUCGUUAUGACGUCAUAUGUUUAUGACGUCAUAGUAUGUUAACAUCAGGGAAAGAUAAUAAAAACAGAGAAAUUUGUUUUUUUUUAUAUUCUCUCCAAAAGUAGAACUUCAAUGUAUCGUAUUUUGAUAUAUGUCAUUUUUUUUUAUGUACAUUUUUUAUUUUAUAUGCAGUCCUAUGAUCCCCUAUAGCGACCAUAAUCCUUAGCGUUAAAACAAUAGAAUGUUUAGAUGUGACGUCAAAAUGAAAUAAGGCAAUUUUUUUUUGUAGUUAGAUGCAUGCAUAGACCAAAGUGAUUUGUAGGGGUUAGGGAUUAGGUUUUUUUUCCCAAGAGGACUUUAAAGAUUGUUUGUGUAGUUAGAUGAACUUCUA